AUGGACUUGACCAACGUCCGUUCCAUGGAGUUAUUCCGAAGGUUGGGUCUCGCUGAGGAACUGCGACGCAAAGGGGUUCCUCUAGAAACAUCCUACAACGUUCUCAUGUCCACUGGGCUGCAACAAGAUCGGCCAGUCACCACCUGGGAUCACCCGUCCGUUGAGGAGUUCCGCAGGCAAAUCACAGCCAAGAAUGACGGAACACAGCCUCUCGAGCCAUACCAGCGAAUAUCCCAGGAGGUGUUUGAGGCCUGGAUGAAGACCGUUUGUGACGAUAAUCCACUCAUUGACGUUAGAUUCGGCUGGAAAUUGGAAGCUAUCGCCGAGAUGCCUGAAGGAGUGAUAGCCGAAGUCAGUAGAACUACUGAGUCCGAAAGCAGGCUACAUAUCUUCAACGCUAAGCCAGCACUCUUCCUUCUCAUUCACUUCAAAUCGGGGGACGUUUCCCGUCUUUUCAGACAAGGCCACUUCUGGCAUCUCUUCAUUCUGAAAAACGGCGAGUUCGGCGGAGCAGCAAUAUCGCAAGAUUCGAAAGAGAUCUUUACUAUACACUUCCCAAUACCACCAGGAGUUGAUCCAUCAACGAUAUCCUCAGAGGAAGCCGUCUACACCCUUCUUGGCGGGAUACAUGGCCCUUUCAAGAUCAACAUCGACGAAAUCCUGGUCCGCUCGACCUAUCGCCCCAGCAUCGCCGUAGCACGCAGCUUCUCCGGCCCAGAAAUGCGCGUCUUUCUCGCGGGCGACGCAGCCCACCAGAACAUCCCCACUGGGGGGUACGGUAUGAACACUGGGCUGGGCGAUGGGUAUGACAUUGGCUGGAAAUUAGCGGCCGUAGUUCACGGGUGGGGCCACCCACGAGGUCUGCUGGCAUCCUACGAGGCCGAGCGUCGCCCUGUCGCCAUCACCAAUGUCGAGAGGUCUGGUGUCCACAUGGCUGUACACAUGGAGGCUGUUGCACGGCUUGCUGGAGGCGGUGCCCAGAAGCUCGGUCAGGAGGACUCGGAGGAGGGGAAAGAACUGAGGGAGUGGAUUCACAGACAUUACCAAGAAAAUAAUGGAGAGAACACGGAUUUUGGUGUGGAGAUGGGAUACCGGUACAAGUCGGAUAUCAUUCCCAGAACCCUGGACGACAGAAAGGAGGAUGAACCGGCUUGGGACCCUCACGUCUACCACCCUACUACUUGGCCCGGAGGUCGUCCACCGCACGUCUUUCUAAAUGACGGGUCUGCUAUCUUUGAUCAUUUUGGCCCUUGGUUUACAUUGGUCGAGUUCCUGGAUCAUCAGGUCCACCCUGAGCGAGGCAGCCAGCACCUGGUGGAGGCAGCCAGUGGCUUAGCCGUUCCUUUACGCCACAUCCACCUCCGCAACGAAGAUCAUGCCGCCCAGAUUUGGGAGAAAUCACUGGUCCUUGUUCGACCCGAUGGCCACGUUGUAUGGAGGGGAGACAGCGUAAGGGAUCCAUCACUAGCACGCGAGAUCAUCGAAACGGCUGUCGGGUACCAUGCUGCAAUUCCCAGCCAGCGCGGUCAUAGUCCGGGCAAAAUCCCGGCUGUUUUCACCUCAACAAGUAAUACCACAACGCAAGUCAGUGGCUACGAGCUGGACAACAUGGGAGAUUUCCAGAAGUGA